AUGACAAUAAAGAUUCAAGUUUUCACAGAUUUUGAUGGCACUCUUUCGAUAGACGACACUGGAAUCCUCCUCAUUGACGAUCAUCGAUCACUUGGUACUGAACGUAGAAAAGUUUUGGACCACGCCAUUUUGAAUGGAAGCAUAACCUACAGAGAUGCACUUCAGGAGAUGUGGGACAAUGUUCAUAUUAGCUGGGAAGAAGCCUGGACAGACCAUUUGGAUCACUGCCAAAUUGACCCUGGAUUCCCUUCAUUUAAUGAAUUUUGUCGGGAAAAUAACUUUCCUGUCACUGUCUUAAGCAGUGGUCUUUAUCCUGUAUUAGAAAGAAUCAUGUUUAACUUUCUCGGAGAAAAGUCCAAGGAUAUAAAAAUAGUUUGUAAUAACGCCGAAAUUAAAGAUAGAACAUGGAAAAUUAUUUGGAGAGAUGACAGUGAAUAUGGCAACGAUAAAUCUAAGACCCUUAUUGAAGCACGGCAAAACGCUUCCAAGGAUACCAUCUUUAUCUUUUGCGGCGAUGGUGUAUCUGAUAUCUCUGCUGCUAGACAUGCUGACAUCUUAUUUGCUCGCAAAGGUCGCGACUUGGAAAUUUACUGUCAGCGAGAGAACAUUCCAUUCAUUGCCUUUGAUACUUUUGCAGAAAUAGAACAGGUUGUUAGAGAUUUGGCUCAAGGAAAGUCUAAACUUGAAAAGUCUGACACCGGCUUCUGCAAGAUAAUUCACGCUUAA